CGAUUGUGUUUUAUCCGCAAUUCUCACGUUCCUGGACUCAACAUCUUUUAUUUCGCUUCUUGGAAGCCAAUGACGCUAGAGUUCUUGGAGUUUGUAUGAAGACGGGCAGAGACUCGUGGUGCAAGCACUGAAGUAUACUGGACAUUGGAAAAGCGACGGAACCCACAAGGAGACGGUCAUCUCGCUCGUGGGUGGAUAAUAAACAUUGCAGAACACGGAGGCCAACGUGGGUGCGCACGUCAGGCAGCUGAAAAAAGCGCACAUUUAUAUGUAUGUAUGCGAGAUCGUGCACAUACUGCCAUCUCGCUCUAACCAACGAAGUUCUUGCGGGCCAGCAACUAGAGGCUUGAGUGCGCAGUUGGCUGAUGAAAUCGAGUGAAAAUUUCUGGAUUGUGGUUUGUUUGAAUCAAGAAUACCGUCUAAGCGAGAAGUAUUGCGAGUGGUUAUGUCUGUGUUUGACCCAUUUGGAAUUCUAGCCGAAUAUUCCCUGAUCGCUAAACUGCUUCUGCAGUCAAUAUGGCAAAAGCGAACAGAGUGGGACCAGCCAAUUGAGGGCGACGAUAUAAAGCAAUGGAAAUGUUGGUUGCGCAGCCUAAGCCAAGCAUGCAAGAUAAGGAUACCCCGAUGUUACGCUGAAGAGUUCUUUGGGGAACCAAUUGAACUACACAUAUUUUGCGAUGCGAGUGAGUCAGCUUAUGCAGCAGUUGGAUACUGGCGCAUACGUACGAAAUCUGGAUGGAAGUCCGCAUUUAUAAUGGGAAAGACCAAGUGUGCCCCAAUGAAACUAUCGACCAUACCCAGGCUCGAGCUACAGGCGGCAGUGCUAGGAACUCGUCUCAGGAAAUGUAUUCUUGAGGGUCACGACGUCAACCCCAAAUGUGUCCACAUGUGGUCCGACUCCAAGACUGUCAUAGCAUGGAUUAAAUCGGAUCACAGAAAAUAUAAGCCAUAUGUAGGACACAGAAUUGACGAGAUACUUGAAGCCACAAGGUUGGAAGAUUGGCAUUGGGUGCCUACUAAGGAUAACCCGGCAGACUUUGGCACCAAACUCAGAUCUGGAACUCGAGAAACCUCCUGGUUGAGAGGCCCUCAAUUCCUUCAAGAGGACGCAAGUCAAUGGAAUCUAGGAACUUCAGACGUUGGUGACACGGAACUGGAACUAAGAAGCAAGUUUACGUUAUCAAUCAAUGAGAUGUCUUCAGAUGGAUCUGUCAAUAUCGUAUUCAGGGAGUUGCUGGAAAGGUUCUCUUCAUUUACAAGGCGGAUGCGAGUUGUCGCUUGGGUCUACAGGAUGUGUGAUCGUAAGAUCAAACGAAAAGUCUACCUUGAUGUAGCUGAAAUUGAAGAAGCUGUACUCAUAGUGAUCCGCAAUGUACAGGAUGUUGCAUUUCAUGAUGAGCGGGUGGCGCUAUUGACUGGACAGUCCAUCGAAAAGAACAGCAAGCUGUGGAAGUUGUCUCCGAUCAUAGACGGAAGAGAAGUGAUCCGCAUGAAUGGGCGUAUUAAUAACGCAUGUUCGGUUGGAGAAGAAACCAGGCGUCCAAUAUUAAUGCCCCAAGGGCAUCACGUUACAAAAUUGAUCGUGCGACAUUAUCACGAGCUAUGGAAACACCAGAAUGAAAACACAAUUAUAGCAGAAAUACGCAGAAAGUACUACAUACCACACUGCCGACAGGAGGUUCGCCGUGCAGCUAGAAAUUGUAUGACUUGUAAAAUCCAGAGAGCUUCACCAAAAAUGCCAUUAAUGGGACAACUUCCUAAGGACAGACUCUCUCCGUACGUACGCUUAUUCUCAUAUGUUGGAAUCGUUUAUAUGGGACCGUUUCUGGUUGUAAGAGGAAGGCCUGGAUAGAAGAAACGCUGGAUAUGCAUAUUUACAUGCCUUACGCGGAAGACCAGUAAGAAUCCGAUCUGACAAUGGUACCAUUUUGGUGGGAGCUGAGCGUGAAUUGAAAAGAGAAUUACAGGACCUCGAUCACAUUAGAAUAGCGAACGAGCUGUCAACCAAGCAGAUCGAAUGGCUGUUUAAUUGCCCGCUAAACCCCCAUGCAGGUGGGUGCUGGGAAAGAUUGGUACGCAGUGUGAAGAGGGCCAUAGGACACGCGCUGCAUGACAAAAACCUGAAAGAAGACAUACUGUAUAGCCUAAUGUGUAACGCUGAAAACAUAGUAAAUUCCAGACCGCUUACACACAUUGCUCUGGAUAACCCCACAGACGAUCCGAUAACCCCUAAUCACUUUCUUUUAGGUUCUCCCAAUUCUAGCCAGACACCACAUCCACAAGAGGAGAAGUACCAGCCAACUCGAAAGGAAUGGCGCAUCGCUCAGCAGAUCUCACACUCAUUUUGGAACAAGUGGCUCAAUGAGUACCUACCAGACCUAUGCAGACGGACAAAGUGGCAUCACCCAAUGCCACCACUCGCUGAAAUGGACAUUGUUCUUAUCUGUGAUAAGAAUCUUCAUCGAUCUCAAUGGAAAAAGGGAGUUAUUCUAGCAGUCACGCCUGGACGCGACGGACAGGUUCGCUCAGCCACUGUAAAGACGACGGCUGGAGUUCUACACCGCCCAACCUGUAUGCUGGAAAAGCUAGACAUAUUGUGAAUCACGAGCGUGCUUGAUUCACGGUGGUGGGGAUGUUGUCGAGAAAAAUUAGCUUAUAUAUACUUAGUUUUAAGCAAGGGCACAGAUACCCUACGUAAAGAAAAAAGAGAGAAGAAAAAUGGCCACACUAUGAAAAGACAAGAAGGUCACAUUAGUUUGAGCAGUCGAAGAAAGAGCGGAGAGAAAAGACGAAGC